UCUAUUGACCCCACAGACGGGGCGGGGGCGGGAGACCGAGCCCUGAGAGAACCGGCGGCGCUGCGGCGGUCCGCACCCGGCCCUCCCUGGGACGGAGCGGGACACGCGAACCCCGGGUGCGGGGCUCAGGUCCGUCGAGGGAGGCAGCGCUGACUCCUGAGCAUCUCGUGCGCUGGGACUCGCCUUGUCCCCGGGGACAACCCCGCGGUCCGCAGCUGCCGUCCCACCUCGCGACCCCGAGAGCGCAAGAUCGGCCUGCUCGGGCCAAGUCCCAGGGCAGCUCCGGCCCGAGCCCCCGGGGACACGGCGAGGCGGCGGGCGGGCCGGGAGGAGUCCGGCGGCCUCUGCUGGGGCGCCCUGCACGCCGCACCCCGGGACCGCCCGCGCCGAGCCCCCAGUCCAGUCCUCGGGCAAGCGGACAUGCGGCCGGCCAAGCCGGGCGCCACGCUGCCCGCGCUGCUCCUGCUCGCGCUGGCUUUGGCCCCGCAUGAGACCCAGGGGAGGCCCCGGGGGCGCAGGGGAGCCCGUGUCGCAAACGAGGAACCCAAGCCGUCGCUUUUCCUCCCCGCGGCCGGAGCCGGCCCUGCUUCCAGCGCCUCCCGGAGCGCAGAAAUGUUCCCAAGAGAUUUGAACUUGAAAGACAAAUUCAUAAAGCAUUUCACAGGGCCAGUCACAUUUUCAGCUGAAUGUAAGAAACACUUCCAUCGACUCUAUCACAACACCAGAGAUUGCUCAACGCCAGCUUAUUACAAAAGAUGUGCUAGAUUGCUGACAAGAUUGGCAGUGAGUCCACUAUGCUCACAAACCUAGAAAACAUACCCUAGAUCUUUCUAAUCAGUAGCAGUUUCCAGUGGAGAACAAAGUCAC